AUGCCGCCAAUGACACCACUCAUCCGCACCAUGGUCCAACGCCGCGCAAUGUCAAUAGGCGCCCGAGCCCGCUCUGCAGUCCGAAACUUCGAGCCUCAUCCAUUUGAGCGAUACCCCACAACCCAAGCAUCUCAAAAGGCGGAUUGGGGCAAACACAUCAGACACGUUGGAGAUGUAUCCAUGUUUUAUUUCCCUGCGUUGGGCUUGUUCCUCACAUGGCCUCUGAUAGCAGAGAAGGCCAUGCCUAAUAUCUGA